ACUCCUCAAGAGUUUUACUUCAAAUAUUUUUCGACUCCCACACACUCUUAUUCCUUGUAUCUUGUUGACAGUUGUCUUGGGAUAUUAAGUGGCACAUUAAAGUGGUGUUUGUGGAGAUAUUUUACAAGUCGGCCAGGAUCAACGCUCAGGAUCUUUCUGAAGUUGAAGUGGAUCGGCGGCCGCUCCGGGAAUAUUCUGGAAGUUUCUGACUGACUGAAUUUUUCCACAUGGAAGACGGCGAUGGUGCGGGGCGGUGGGACCGGCUGUGCAGCAGGGACGCCAACAUGCGGAAAGUGGCGCUGGAUGGAGUCCAGCAGCUGGUGUUGAGCUUGACCGAGAAGGCCGGACCGACCAACGGCAAACCCCCGCCGUCGAGUCUCGGCCCCGCCGGCGACCUCGAUCACUCGCUGGUUCGGCUCCUGCGGCUGUCCAGGAGCUGCCCCUUCACCGACGUGAGAGACAAAUGCGGGGCCAUCCUACAGGCGGUGCAGGAAAUGGGAGUGAGAAUCCCCCGGGCUUUGGGACAAGGACCAAGUGAAUUCAUCCCUGAAAAAGAAAUCCUCCAAUUAGGAAGAGAAGAUGCAGAGACACGCGUACUAUUCAUUGAAGCAUUUGCUACCUUGGGUCGCCUGGACAACAUCACCUUGUUGAUGGGAUUCCACCCAAGGUACCUUGACAGUUUUCUCAAAACUCAACACUACCUGAUGCAGAUGGAUGGUCCGUUGCCAUAUCAUUAUCGACACUACAUUGCAAUAAUGGCUGCAGCUCGACACCAGUGUUCAUAUCUUGUAAAUCUCCAUGUUAAUGACUUCCUCCAAGUUGGUGGGGAUCCAAAGUGGCUAGCAGGUUUAGAUUCCGCCCCUCGGAAGCUUCAGACUUUAAGUGAAAUGAAUAAAAUUCUUGCACACAGGCCCUGGCUUAUUACCAAAGAUCAUAUUGAGAAACUCCUAAAAGCUGAGGAGCAUGGCUGGUCACUGGCUGAGUUGGUACAUGUGGUCGUGCUGCUCACUCACUAUCAUUCUCUUGCAUCCUUCACGUAUGGCUGUGGUAUCAACCCUGAAAUACAUUGUGAUGGAGGCCACACAUUUCGACUGCCUUCUGUUGGUAGUUGCUACGUAUGUGAUUUUACAAAUGGCAAUAAUGCUGUAGAUGAUCUACUGAAUGGCCAAGGAGGAAGUGGAAGCACAGAGACUGUUUGUGAGGUGGAAGCUCUGAUGGAAAAAAUGAAACAGCUGCAAGAAUGUAGAGAUGAAGAAGAGGCGAGCCAAGAGGAAAUGGCAACACGAUUUGAGAGAGAAAAGGCAGAGAGUCUCUAUGUGACAACAACAGGUGAAGAAUCAGUAGAUACGAGGGACGUUUCUCGUCACUUUGAAGAUCCAAGCUAUGGUUACAAAGAAUUUCCCAGACAGGGCGAGCAAACUGUGCCCACAUUUCGAGCUCAGGAUUAUACUUGGGAAGAUCAUGGGUAUUCCCUUGUUAACCGCCUUUAUCCAGAUGUCGGCCAGCUAUUGGAUGAAAAGUUUCAGAUAGUUUACAACCUGACUUACAACACUAUGGCAAUGCAUAAAGAUGUUGAUACCUCAAUGCUCAGACGAGCCAUCUGGAACUACAUCCAUUGCAUGUUUGGAAUAAGAUAUGAUGAUUAUGACUAUGGUGAAAUUAAUCAGCUGUUGGAUUGGAACUUCAAAGCUUAUAUAAAAACCGUGGUCUGCUCUCCAGUGAAGACUACAAACAGAAUGUAUGACAGCUUCUGGAGACGAUUCAAACACUCUGAGAAGAUUCAUGUGAAUUUGCUUCUUAUGGAAGCUCGAAUGCAGGCAGAACUUCUUUAUGCUUUGACGGCCAUUACACGAUAUCUGACAUGAAAACCCUGCAAUUUCAUAAGCAUCCAUUCUGACUGGAGGAACUGCCAGUUCAUUUGAACCAAAGUAGGCAAACAUCCAUGAAUUCCAUUGUGCCAUAACAUACAUCGAGAAAAGUGUUACCUCUUGGUGCACUGUGGCUUUGGACCUUUCACAGAAGGAAAAGAAUGGAAGACUGUGAAGAACCAAUGUACAACCUGAGUAUUAGAUCACCUGUGUGUGUUUUGACAACACAAAAUAAUUUCUAACACUUUCAAUGUCUUAUAGCGAUGCAACAAGCUAUAUGCUGUCAUCUUUUUAGACUAGGUUAUAAUGUGUGGUUGCUGUAGGUAACUGGAGUUGGAGGAUUCAAAAAAAUAAUUGGGGUCUGGAAGUUUUGUGCCUCAAGGACCUUUUUUAUAGUUGGAAGUUGUUGGUGCUGCUAUUCCUACCAGUGGAUUGCUGUGAUCACUGGCUGCCUAAGUUUUGAGCUAAGACUAUCAAACUGAAUACUGCAGCUACCUGAGCCUGCACUGUGACAAACUCCAGUGAUGAGUCACAGUUUGUGAGAUAAUAUUGACAUUUAUAAUUGUUAGAAUUCUAACACAUCUCUAUAUAACUUUUGAAAUAUGCAAGUAUUUCUAGAACUUGUAUUUCUGCUGGAAAACAAUGCAGUUUUUUUUUACAUUUUGUUUUGAAAAUUGGUGAAGUAGUGAUAGGUACAAUUCAGUUUUACCCAAAGUAUUGUCUUGAGACAAGAAGUGUACUUCUGAGUUUCUGUGUCUUCCUUGCAAAACUUACAUAUUGUAGUGCUUUGUGUAUGUUUUCUAUGGCAGCAUCUUGUAUGUUAUAGCUGUUGCUAUUUGUGUAAGAAGGUUCAGUUGCCCUCUGGCACAGUGAAAGUUUUCCAUUACUAGUAGCUUUGUCUAGAAGCAUGAUUCUAGGUGACUGAACCACAGUCUUCAGAAUUACAGCACAAACUCUUAAUUGUUUCUUUUAAUGUGAUAUUUUAACAAUUAACAGCUUAUCUAACAAAGCUGGAAAUGUUUUGUUUACUGAUGACCAGUACUUGAUUCAAAAUAUCAGCAUGAAGUCUUUUGUGUUUUCAUAGGUUUUUCAUCAACUUAGUGAUUGUAAUACAAAAUAUUAAACCUGUUUUUUUUAAAUAAAUGUCAUUAUUGACAUUUCAAAUGAA